CGCGGAAUAUGACGGGAGGAGCAUUUUUGGGCCUCAUGAUCAGUCGUGUGCACAGCUGCGACAUGGGCAGAGUGCAACAGUAGCCAUCCUCCCGGCAAACAAGAAAGCCAAUACGACACGUCAACGAGUAUGGUCGGCCUCCUGUCUAGGAUCAAGGGCUUGGCAGACAACGCGGGCGAUGCCAACCCGGGUCGUUCUUCGUCAGAGACGCCAAGCAGCAGCGCAAAUACUUCUCCUGCCAAAAUGCGCACGCCCGACAAAGCGAUCAGGAACGAGCCCGUGCACGGUGACCAUGCGCACUUAGAGCCUGAGAACAGCGUGGACUAUGCUGCACCGCGCAAAUCAAUGACCAUGCCAACUAUUGCUACGGCUGGCCAUCAGAUACCGACCAUAGAUAUUGCAAGCCCACAGAGCGAGAUGGCGCCACAGUUCUCCAGUCUCAGCCGAGACCGCUCAAACACGAUGCCAUCCGAGCAGAUCGGACGGAAACCAUCGAUCAACAGCACUUUGUCUGCUUCUCAUAACGACGCGACGAGACGGCAGUCCAUCUCCAGCCGGGUGACUCCAGCAGAUAUCUCACACAACGAAAAGCACCCCGCUCUGACGGCCAUUCUCUCACCGGGAGCAGAAGGACCGUCCGAACAAGGCUCACUCACACUAGAUCAUCUGCUCGAUGUCCAACCGACCAAUGCCACAGGUCCUCUCGGUUCACAACCCGAGAUGAUCAUACAAGCUCAGCAGAGGCGAGCAUCGGGCCAGACUGGCCUGUCUGGCUCACCCCUGACUCAAUCCAUGUCGCGAAGAGCGAGCGCAUUCUCGGAACUUGAUCUGAACGCGAGCGGCAAAGACGCCGUCUCUCUUGCACAGUCUCAGUCAGAUUCUGCACUCAACUCUAGAGGUGGCUCACCACCCAAUGAUGCGCAUCCGCCAAACGGUCUCGGAGCUCUCGCUGCCGUCAACACAGUCGGCGGCACGAACCAGCUCGCUGUGAGCUCAAGUAGCAGACUGGGUAUCGCUUCAGACUCUCCCUCCCGGCGGGGCUCAAUCUCUGCGCCCAAAUCGCCUAUGUUGAGCGGCAAAAAGGGGAACAAACAGAUCGGCGGAAUAGGCAGCGCUCUGGCUAUGUCCGGUGCAACGCUUGCUAGCCCGGCUCCUGCACUCACGCAGCCAAUACGAGUGGGCAGAAUGAGCGGUGACGACUAUGCCAAUUCAGAUCGUGCUUCUUACUACGGCGACGCAGACGGAGAUGAUUCGUCUAGUCAUUAUGGCGCAGGCUAUGCAGUUGCCUCGAGCAAACGCAACGCUGACUUUCAUGUUCUUUUCAAGACUAUACCAGAAGAUGAUUAUCUCAUCGAAGAUUAUGGUUGUGCCCUCCAGAGAGACAUCCUCAUACAAGGCCGGCUGUACAUCUCUGAGCAUCACCUCUGCUUCAAUGCUAAUAUCUUUGGCUGGGUCACUACGCUCGUCGUGCCUUUUACGGAGGUAGUAACGAUCGAAAAGAGAAUGACUGCGUUCGUCAUUCCUAAUGCAGUUCAAGUAGCGACACUUCACGCAAAGCACAUUUUCGCUUCGUUCCUGUCUCGCGAUACGACGUAUGAUCUCGUGACGAACAUCUGGCGAAUAUCUCACCCUGACGUACCUCAAGUCGCUCUGCGCGGUAACGGAGCGCAUGAGAAUGAUCACGAUAGCUCGGACGAGGGUCCGGAAGAGGGUGAAGGUCUCGAGCGAAGUAGCACAGAAGGCGCACGCAAGCGAAUUGCACGCCGACUUCGCGGUCGCAGCAGAGGCGCAAAAGACCAAGACUCGCCAACUAAGCCGAAAGAUGGCAUUGAAGUCGCUGCCCAAUCGAAUGGUACAGCAGAGACGGCCAGACCGGUCAAAGGAAAGAAGGAGACCCAUCCUGUUACAGAGUGCGACUGUCUGACGAAGAAGGAACAUUUCGCCAAUGUCGUCCUCGAUCAAGUCUAUCCCACCUCACCAGAAAAGCUCCACAAUCUUGUCUAUACGAGCGCCUUCUUCAAGGAUUUUGCGACGAACAAUCAGAAGCUAACGGAUAUACAAAUGUCAGACUGGAAGCCCAGCACUGAAGGCACUGGCUUGCUUGAGCGCUCGAUGACUUACAUCAAGCCGCUCAGCGGACCUGUAGGACCCAAGUCGACGAAAUGUCACCUGACAGACGCGAAUAUCCAUAUCGACUACGAUGCCUAUCUGACCACAUUGACGACCACGAAGACGCCCGAUGUCCCGAGUGGAGGAUCGUUCGCCGUCAAGACCAAGACGUGUAUCAUGUGGGCAAAGAACGACAGCGCUCGUAUGGUUGUCACGACAGAAGUCGAAUGGUUCAAGAGUAGCUUCUUGAAGAGCGUGAUCACUUCGUCCGCAUUGGAAGGGCAGAAGACGCUCUACAAGGAGAUGGACAAAGAGAUGCGGACGUACAUCCAACAGCAUCGCACAGAAUUCGGAUCGGUCACCGCUGAUCCAGGCGAGGAGGAUGAGGAGCCUGCGAUGCCUGCUCCGAUCACGGAGACCAAAGCAAGCGAAACGCCUGACGAGCAGCCCCAGACUACUCUGUUCGGCUUCGAUCUUGGUCCUCUGAGUCAAUACGUCUCCCCCGUGUCCGAUUUCCUCAGCUCGGCGAGCGAGUCGAUUGCAGAUCUGACGGGACAAGCAUCGCCUACUGCCAUCAUACUCUCUCUCGUCAUCUUCGUGCUGCUGGUAUCGAAUAUCAAGUCGCUCAUGACGAGUCGGCACCCCGAACGACCUCGUUCGCUCCGGACCGGCUCGGCGGAUGAUCAUGCUCAUCAAGUGGCAGAUGCGGUCAAAGACGUGUUGCACGAGUAUUUUGCCUUUACGAAACAGCACCCCGAAGCGAUUCCUUCAGCAAGCACGACAAACUUGCCUGCUACUCUGUCCGGAGCGACAGAGAUCAACGAGAUCACCCAAGCUAUCGCUGCGCUUGAGGCGAGGCUCGCAAAAUUGAAGCAGUCCAUCGAUCAGGUUGACUGAUUGCGUCUUUUGCUCUCCAGGAUCACAGCGUGUAAUAUUACAAGCAGAAUCACAUGUCGAACUACAAUGCAUCUGCAUGCACUUUGCCUACCUCCUCUUUGCGCUGCUUGUUCUUGCCGGGCUUGACUAGAGAGGUUUUGCAGGCAAUUGGGUGAGCAAGACGUUGUGCCUCUUCUUGAUCGUCACUCGGUGUCGAGAGAACUUGUCAUCUGGCGAGAAUCGAGCAGGAUGAGCAGAUCGUGUGAGCUUUCCGGCGUCUGUCCGUUUCUUGAGCGUGUACCUCCUGUUGCCUGCCUCGUCGAGCGAGUACAUGAGAUGCAUCUCUCGGACGAGUUGCUGGGAUUUCUUGGCCUCUGAAGCGCUAAAGUUAUUUUAUCGCGAGCG